AUGAGGGUGUUUCUAGCAGAAGAUAAUUUGUGCGCUCAAAAUUUAUUAAAAAUAGUAUCCCAUGGAAAUGCUAUACUAGCUGAAAUAUUAAGACUGAAGGACCACAUUCCACCAGUAUACUUGCUAGACUCUAAAGAACUUCAGCACCAGUAUCAGGAUGUUAUUUUGGACUUUAGCUACUUUAAACUUUCUGAAGCACAAGAAAAAAAAAUUUCGUCGAAUUCCAAACUUCAAGACUUAGAUGAUGAUUUAAAAGAAAAGCACUUGGACCUUAUAACUAGGUUCUAUUUGUUGUUUGAAAAUGUUUAUCAAUUCAUUGUAGACCUUAAUUGCUUUGUAGAACAGUUGCAUGAUGGUGCAUUCAUUCAGCAGUCUAUGGACACAAUUUUAAAAGAUACAGAAGGAAAGCAACUUUUGUGUGAAUCACUUUAUUUAUAUGGUGCAAUGCUGUUAUUAUGUGAUCUUUAUAUUUCUGGUGUUGUACGAGAAAGGUUAUUAGUGGCUUUCUAUAGAUAUAGUACUAAUCAAUCACAGACAAAUGUUGAUGAUGUUUGCAAAUUAUUGAGAGAUACUGGUUACCAUCAAACACAAGGGAAGAGACCAUCCGAUUACCCUGUGGAGUAUUUUAGUCGUGUGCCUAUUCAUCCUGAGUUUGUAGAGAAGGUGGUUUCCAAAUUGAGAACAGAAGAUAUUUAUAAUCAACUCACUGUAUACACAAUUCCUGAACACCAAUCUUCUGCAUUGGCUCCACAAGCUUCUAUGCUUGUUGUCUGCUUAUUUUUUGCUCCACAUUAUUUGCACGGUGACUUGCCAAAGAUGAGGGAAAUUAUUGAUAAGUUUUUUCCAAGUAAUUGGAUUAUACCUAUAUAUAUGGGAGUAACAAUGAAUGUGUUUGAUUACUGGGAGAGCUUUAAAGCAGCCAAAUCAUGCCUAGCUAACACAUGCAAUAAUAAGAUGAUCAAAGAGAUUUUUUCUAAAAGAGGCAAUUCAGUACCCCUAUUAAUAACUAAAACUCAGCAACUCCUUAAAGAAGGAAUCCUGACUGAUGAUUUUGUACUUGAUAACAUUAGUAAAAUAAUGAAUCUAAUAUUAAACUCAAACCAUGUUUUACGCUUACUGCUAUUACACAGCACUGAUGUAAUAUUUUUUGAUAAUCACAGAAAGAGUAAGCAGUUGAGGGACUUAGUGAUUAAGGAAACUAAUUAUGACCCAUCACAAUUACUAGAGUUGCUAAUAAGUACAGCUGAGUUAGAGUUAAAAGUAAGGGAAUUUUUGAAAAAAUUACUUGGUAAUAGAAGUCAAUCUUGGAAUAUGAAUAAAAAUAUUGCACUAGAGACACUAAAUAACUUAUCUGAAUUAUUUACUGGUAACAAGACAUAUACCAAAGUUGUGCAGAAUGACGAGUUAAAGGUUUGGUUUGAGAAUAUUGCUAAUCAAGUAUCAUCAAUAAGUGAACAGAUACAUCCAAAAUCAAUAAAAAAAGUAACUAGACUCAUCCAGGUUUUAGACGAGGUAGAAGAAUUUCAUGGUAUUAAAAGUACAUCUGCUGUUGUUCAAUUGCUUAAUGAAACUAGAGAAGCCCUAAGGAACCUCUUAAGAACUGCAUCUUUAAAAGAAGAUUCAUUAGUGACAUUAGAAACUGUUGCAGACUUUAGUUAUGCUUGGUGUACUAUAGAUCUAUAUACAAAAUACAUGCAAAAGCGUAUUAAAGAGAAUCCUUCUAUUACCAGCAGAUUAAGGGCAUUGUUCUUAAAACUAGCGAGUGCUAUGGAAAUUCCACUUUUACGAAUAAACCAAGCAGAAAGUGAAGACCUAGUAUCUGUCUCACAAUACUACAGCAGUGAAUUGAUAAAAUACAUUCAGAAGGUUUUACAGAUUAUUCCAGAGAUGGUUUUCAGUUUGGUUGAAAAGAUUAUUGAACUCCAAACAUGGGGCAUUAAAGAAAUGCCAACACGAAUUGAUAAAGAGAAAUUAAGGGAUUAUGCACAACUUGAUCAAAGAAUGGAAAUUUCAAGGCUUACUCAUUCAGCCUCAACAUUUACAACUGGUAUAUUAGAUAUGAGAUCUACCCUGGUUGGAGUUAUUAGAGUAGAUCCAGCAGAACUCCUUGAAGAAGGUUUGUUAAAAGAAUUGGAUAAACAUGUGACUGGAAAGUUUGUUGAGUUUCUUGAACCUCCAGCAAAAAAAACAGAUAAUCUAUUAGUUAGACUUCAAAAACUGGCCGAUAGUAUGGAGGGUUACAAGAGAUCUUUAGAAUACAUUCAAGAUUACAUUAAUAUUCACGGCCUUAGAAUUUGGCAAAAGCAGGUAUCGACCAUUAUCAAUGAGAAUGUCGCAAAAGAAGUUAGUAUACGAAAGGGAGUCACAAUGCAUGGACCUUCUGCCAGUUUCAUGGGCAGUCUUGCGAAACAAAUUGUACAACAAACUGAUGCCAGGAGUUGUAUAUAUAUAAAUGUAUGCGCAGCCUGGUAUGACGUUAAAACGAAUACUGAAGUUGUAAAUAAUAGAACUUUUUCUAAACUCAAUGAUGCUGUAGGUGUGGUUGGUUUUCAUGGUUUAGAUACGCUGUAUGGUUACAUGAUCAAAAACCAACUGCAACAAUUACAACUUACAAUCCAAGCAAGCCAUGAAAAAUUUUCAGCAAACCUUAAAAAUAUUGAUCUAAAAGAAAUAGAACAGACGAUUUCAAAGGGACACAAGUUUACACAACAGAUAUCGGAUACUUUACUGAUUGUUGGUGAAUUACAACUAUUGAGGAAACAUAUCGCAUAUCAAUUGAAUACAAGUUGCAAAAUAGAUUCCGCCCAUUUGGAAGCUUCACUCAGGACUAUGAAUGAAUGUUUGAUUAAUGAGAUUAAAAACUCGCGAACCUCCAAAUUGGACUUAACAUUGAUACGAGAACUAGAAGAAUAUUUAGUGAGAUGUGGUCUAGUUGAACCAUUUGAAAAAGUAUACGUAAAAAAUAUGGAAGUCCUUGGUGUCGACAUGGGGUACUUGUUAGCAAUAGUUUGGAUUGCACAACUACCUAAACUACAACUUUGUACAACAACAGGGGACUUAAUAGCAAAAAAGCAUGGUGAAAACAUAGAUGGCUAUCCACUACUUAUUGGCACCUAUACUCUUUUGCGACAGUGUAAAGUUGAGAGUAUUGAUUUGUUUAUAGAUUAUUUAUGCAGAUUUGUUAAAGAAACCACAUCUAACAAAAUAAAGUCUGCGGAGACACCUAAUGAAGGUUUAUUUGUAGCAAGACUUCUGCAAAUCUUUUGUGAGACAUUCAAUUACUCCAUUCGAACAUUAGAAGAUAAGCUACCCUUAAUGCUUUUAACUUCUGUAGCUCAAAAGUAA